AUGUUUAAUCCAGCUUACUAUGGCUUGGACAAUACUGGACCUGAAGCUCUCAGCUCUUACUUGUCUAGGUUAGUGCAAAACACAUUUGAGGAUCUGGAAGACAGUGGAUGCAUCAAGAUGAAUGAAGACAAUGUAGAGCCAACGAUGCUGGGUUCAAUAGCAUCCCAGUAUUAUCUUAGCUACAUGACUGUAUCAAUGUUUGGUUCAAGCAUAGGAUCAUAUACAUCGCUUGAAGUCGUCUUGCAUAUCCUAUCUGCUGCUUCUGAAUAUAAUGCAGUUCCUGUGCGGCCUAACGAGGCACACACUUGA